AUGAAUUUGGAGGUACCUCCAGCCUGUCGCGCUGUUUCACCGCGUAAUCUCAGGGGCAAAGCUGAAAAUUCGUCUCCUAUUCUGAUAUCUCGACCUUGGACUUGAUCUCGGCUCGUGCAGGAUUGUUUGUCCUACGCCCUGGAGGUCGAGCCGAUCCCGCAAUUUCCGCUGAAAAGCCUGAAGUCGCCGUCGAAAAACCACCAAACCCCGGUCGCUGGCGAUCUCAUGACGCCCGUUCAGGCUCAUGUCCAAAGUACCGCCGCUGCUAAGCGCUCUCUGAGGUUUGUCGCCAUCGCUAGCGUCCAAAAUCUUGCGAUAGGUGAAAUGAAAGGUGAAGAGCCUGAGCCCAGUCACGCUCCCUCUUCCUCCCCUCGCAAGGACGCUCCUUCCCGUUUAGAGCAACUCGCCAUACGAGCUCAACUUCUCGCUCCAAGGAUCUCAAUCCCGUUGGCUUUUUUUGCUACUCAAAUUUUCCGUGUACAUCUCAGAACCUCUUUGAAAAGGCUCGGCGACCGGCGUGAGUCAGGUUUCAGCUUUGCGCCCUGCUCAUCGACUCUCGAGGCCCAGGCUGCGUGACCCGGGCCGCAUUGACAUCUCCCCUGCAGCAACGCUCAAGCAUCCUGCACCGGGCAACAAAAGCAAAGAAGGUGGACUCGACAGAAGAACUGGACGAUUCAAAGGGGGUCGUUGAAGUCCAGGUCUCUACGACAACCUGCUUUUCUUAAGAUGGACGACUCUGCCUCGCUUUCACUAUUUAGCCAGAUGUCGCCAGGGAGCAUUGAAGGGUUGCCUAGGACUCCCAGAACGUGGAAACCUUGGACUGAUGAGGAGAGAGCUCGUCUGAAGCUCCAACGAAACUUAAACAGUCACCUUAGCUGGACCGAGUUCGCAAAGUUGAACCUGUUUCCCGGUCGAUCCAAGAAUUCCAUCUCUCUCGAAUUCUGUAAAAUGGAGAAAGCUGAGAGACAAAAGAAACUGCAGUCAAAGAAACGACGACCCGAGAACGAUGGUGCCAAUCCCAACUCACCCGUUCACCGCAGCAAACGGCGUCCGAUUGCAUAUGAGACGGUGGUUAUUGACUCUGAUGACGAGGAGAGCAGUCCCGAGGACGGAAACAUCCUUUACAGUGGUGAGAUGGAGCCGACUCCAAACAGGAUAUCUUCCCCGGAUACGGGACGAUCACCCGACAAGCGACAGGAGAUACGGACACUACUCCUCAAACUACCUUACAAACGUACUCAACCGGUGGCCGGGCUACCGGAGAAGCCCCCAUACCCUAUUCCUCCUCCGCCCGUGGCCAUUCAAUCUGAGAACUGGCAGCAUACACCGACACCACCGACACCACUAACCACAAUACCUAUAAAUCCUACUCAGCUGGCAGCCGUGCUGCCCCCAAAGCCUCCAUGUGCGGUUCCUCCUCUGCCUGGGGUCGUUGGAUCUGAUAACACAUCAAGGCUUACAGAGGACGCUCUUGCUCACGUUGGAAACCGCAACGUCCUCGACGCUGACAACGCACAUUCAGCUCCAAUGAGUGUGAGUGACGCUACUGAACUGGGGGAUACUUUGCCAAGGAAUAACUCAUCGGACACAACACAGACACACCAAGCCGCCUUGACGCCCGUGGCGACAGAAAAUCUUCUUCUGCAUGAGCCACACCGUGCGGCGGAGGCUACGCCGAGCUCUGCGGCUUCUCCCAUAACCGGCAAACUGCCACCACUUUCUCGCGAUAAGCUGGUACUUCCUUCACAACAAAAGAGAAAUCAAAUGGUGUCUCCUACCUCUGCGGUGAAUUCCGCCUCCGUAGGCGGAAGAAGCGCGUCACUUCCCGUCACCUGUUCAGAUGUCUCAAAGCCUAAGGCCGGAGGACCCGAUCAGACCGGCACCUCCAUCCCACCCUCGGCAGACUACAAGAUACUCUGGCCCCUACCAAAUAAAUCAGCUCAGGAAAGCAAGAUAACAGAGGUCUGUCAAGGGCUGUCCCAUCUCCUUCGCUCCGGGGUCAUUGAUGGCAAAAGACGAGAUGCCGUUGAAAAGGCUGCAGCUAUACAGCAAAGGAACCUUCAAAAGCAGAUGGACGACCUCAAGGAGAAGGUUGCAAGACAAGCUGAACAAAUCGGAAGGCUUCUAGAGCUGAACAAGGAGAAAGACCAGAGGAUUGCCGCGUUAGAGGAUUUCGAGGAGCAAUUGGUAGUAGCCUUUCUCAACACGCCAUACAAGCGACGUUCUACUGAGAAGGGAAACUCUGCAGAGUAGCUCGUGGUUCAGUUCCGAAUCGAAUGAUGACAGAGUUGGGCUUUACGAUAAUCUUGAGCAUGAUCAUGAUAUAGGAAAGAUUCUUGCCACAUAACAAGCUCGUGCAGCCCGGUUUUGAUUAUGUAUUACUGGUGUGACGGGCCGCUGAUACUGCCCUGGUACCUGCAGUCUUUCUACUCAAAUCAGCGCAUUGAUAUAUUUUCCAUAGAGACAGAACCUAAUGACAUAAUUUAGUGACGAAAUUCUCCUCGACACUGACUUGGUAAUAUUCUUGACAAAAUACAAGAAGGUUUCGAAGUGCUUGCCAUUGCUGUCAUAGCACUGGUGCCAGCCAGUUAACUAUCCGCGACUUGUAAUGGCCGCACCUCUCCGUACUAGUACGCGGGUCUGACUCCCAGCGAUACUGCCCCUUAUCUAUUGCCGCUCCAACGGAUGAACAAACAUUGAGCACCCAAGGCGGGCCCGGCCAAGUCCAAACUCUAAUGUCAUGAGUACUCAUGGACCAGGACAAAGUACGAGUGUAAAGCCGUCAAGCACUGACGAGCAGCUGGAUUGUAGACGGCCGCAGUGUCAGGGCCUGAGGCACCAACCACGGUUGCGUCGGCCGCCAUAACAUUUAGUCUCCCACCUAUGGGACAGAGUACAUGAGAACGCUUUGCCGAGUUUUUGCAACCAACAUAUUUGUUUUCCUUGCCUAAUAUAUAUAUUUUUCUUUUGGAUGGGAAGAUGUUUGAGUUCGCAUCGAAAAUGGCGAAACAUUCUGUAGGAAAGCAAAUGUACAGUCAGUCCACACUCGUAGCGUCGUAGCGAAAAGAAACA